GAUGUGCAAGAUCUUGCAGAAGCCAGGGACUUGCUUCUGGGCUUGGCAAAGUGCAUAGGAAGAAGCCGGGACUUCCCGGCUGGGAGGAGGGGGGAAGCUGAAGAUCCCCGGCUUUGACUCAGCUAAGCAAAGUGGGCAGCUCAGUGCUUGAAAGAGGAUUGUGCUCGCACUAGAGAUCAGUAAGUGGGCGGCUGUGUGAGUGCCCCAGGGUCAUGGGAUAGACUUGAGGAUGAGGCUUGAUUCUAGGGGAGAGCUGCAAUACUGCUGUCUCUGUGCGUGUUGCGUGGAGUCUAGAGGCUUAAGCCCAAGAAUCAGAACUCCCAGUGCCUCCUCCCAGUCCUGGAAAAUGGCAACUUCUACUGAGAGAAAUUUGCACAGACUCUCCUUUCCUGACCGCUCUUCCCAGGAAAAUGUGCUACUAAAUCAGACAGAGUUGGGAUUAAGUGGGGAAAGUGAAAUGUAGCAUUAACAGAAACUGCAGUCUCGAAUUACGUUCUCUGUGUGCUGGCGUUGUUAUAUCUAUUAACAGAAAUUGUCAGCAAAGUCUGAGGUGGGGGGCUUAAGUGGGGAAGUUGAGACUUUCUGUGACCAAGAGGCCGAGGAGUCCCUAUGUAAUUAAAUGCAAUAUUUAUCUAAUAAAUAAUAAGUGGGUUUUUUAAAAAAAACCUCACUAAAGGGGAGCAGCAGCCAGGAAGCAUAAAAGUGCAUGAUGAUAAUUUGGAAAAGAAAACUUCACAUCCAUAGCUUUUUGUAGCCAAAAAUUUCAGGAUGUUUACAAAGUCAUAACAGUGAUGCAGGAAUACUUCAAUUAUCGUUGUACAUUAUUAAUACUGUUGCCGGGCAAGAUCUGUGGUUCUCUGGUCAGCAAGUUCUGGCAAUGAAGCCACUGCCGCUGGUGCAAAGAAUUCUGGGAUGUCUGACAGUGAAAUGGAGGGAAGGACUCACAUUCCAUCUCUACUUAAUGCCCUUUUGUCCAGAAACCGGGUCAUGCAGAUGAGCUACUUGAAAAGUAAAGAACAAGGCUAUGGAAAGCUAAGCAGUGAUGAAGACCUCGAAAUAAUUGUUGAUCAGAAGCAGGUAGUAGGUGUAACCUUGAAGAAAAAAUGGCACUGUCUUCAAAAAAGUGACCUGACCCUGGCUUUGGGGAAAGGCUCUAGGGCUGCAGAUAAGGCUGUUGCCAUGGUGAUGAAGGAGAUACCGAGGGAGGAGUCUGCAGAAGAAAAGCCCCUCCUUACUGUGACAUCACAGCUGGUGAAUGAGCAACAAGAAAGCAGACCUCUUCUGAGCCCCUCCAUCGAUGACUUCCUCUGCGAGACCAAAUCUGAGACCAUUGCAAAACCAGUAACGUCCAACACAGCCGUGUUGACCACUGGCUUGGAUCUCCUGGACCUGAGUGAACCUGUCUCUCAAACCCAAACCAAAGGCAAGAAAUCAGAGUCCUUAUCAAAGAGCUCAUCCCUCAAGAAGAAAGCCGAUGGCUCUGACCUCAUCAGUGGGGACAGCGAGCAGAGGGCCCAGGCUCUGCGGGGCCCGGAGACGUCAUCCUUAGACUUAGACAUUCAGACACAACUGGAAAAAUGGGAUGAUGUCAAGCUCCAUGGGGACCGAACAAGCAAGGGCCAUCUCCUGGCAGAAAGAAAGUCAUGCUCAUCAAGGACCGGGUCCAAAGAGCUCCUGUGGUCCUCAGAACACAGAUCUCAGCCAGAACUGAGCUCCGGGAAGAGUGCCCUCAACUCCGAGUUGGCUUCCGAGUUGGAACUUGUGGCUCCGGCACAGGCUCGGCUCACCAAAGAACAUCGCUGGGGCAGCGCCCUGCUCUCCAGGAACCAUUCCUUAGAAGAGGAGUUUGAAAGAGCGAAAGCCGCAGUAGAGUCAGAUACAGAGUUCUGGGAUAAGAUGCAAGCAGAGUGGGAAGAAAUGGCUCGGAGGAACUGGAUAUCAGAGAACCAAGAAGCCCAGAACCAAGUAACCGUGUCAGCCAGUGAGAAGGGCUAUUACUUUCACACCGAGAAUCCCUUCAAGGACUGGCCUGGAGCAUUUGAAGAAGGCUUAAAGAGGCUGAAGGAAGGAGACCUGCCUGUCACCAUCUUGUUCAUGGAAGCAGCAAUUCUUCAGGACCCUGGGGACGCAGAGGCAUGGCAGUUUCUUGGUAUAACCCAGGCAGAGAAUGAAAAUGAACAAGCAGCCAUUGUCGCCCUCCAGAGGUGCCUGGAGUUGCAGCCCAACAACUUGAAAGCUCUGAUGGCUUUGGCUGUGAGUUACACUAACACCGGUCAUCAGCAGGAUGCCUGCGAGGCUCUGAAAAACUGGAUUAAGCAGAACCCAAAGUACAAAUACCUUGUAAAGAACAAGAAGAGCUCUCCAGGCCUCACUCGGCGGAUGUCUAAGUCCCCAGUUGACAGCUCUGUUUUGGAAGGAGUGAAGGAACUCUACCUGGAAGCUGCCCACCAAAAUGGUGACAUGAUAGACCCGGACCUGCAGACAGGUCUUGGGGUUCUCUUCCACCUGAGCGGGGAGUUCAACAGAGCAAUUGAUGCAUUUAAUGCUGCCUUAACUGUUCGGCCAGAGGAUUACUCCUUGUGGAACCGUCUUGGGGCAACCCUGGCAAAUGGAGACCGCAGUGAGGAAGCUGUGGAGGCCUACACGAGAGCCCUGGAGAUCCAGCCAGGCUUCAUCCGGUCCAGAUACAACCUGGGGAUCAGCUGCAUCAACCUGGGUGCCUACAGAGAAGCGGUCAGCAAUUUUCUCACGGCCCUCAGUUUGCAAAGAAAGAGCAGGAACCAGCAGCAAGUCCCUCACCCUGCCAUCUCGGGCAACAUCUGGGCUGCCCUCAGAAUUGCACUGUCGCUGAUGGACCAGCCAGAACUCUUCCAGGCAGCCAAUCUUGGUGACUUGGAUGUCCUCCUGAGAGCUUUCAACUUGGAUCCUUAAAGGAAAAGAAAGAAAUACAGAAUAAUCCUGCAUCUGUUAUUAUACUAAAAAGGGACAAAACUAUUUUAUUAUGAAUUUCCAAAAAAAAAAAAAAAAAGAUUUUUUUUUUAAAGGAUAAAGCAGAGAGUCAAAAGGCCAUGGUCAUGUAGCCCAAGAGAACUAACUGAUUACUACAGACAAUACCUGGCCUCUGUUCAGACCCAAAAGCACAAAGUCGAGGUCGGGUUCAAGAGAAGAACCAAGCUUCUCAUGACAAAGAAAGAUAGGUAACUGUGUAUACUCUUCCAAGUUACCAGUGGUCUCUGAGUUAUCCUGUCCCCAGUCACAUGGGGACACACCUGAGGAGCCUGUUCAUGGGACCUGGCAAGACAGUUUGUCUGCAGUCAGUGAACUCAGGCUGUCUUCGCCUUUCAUGAGACUGAACAUAUAGUCCGGGCCAUUGGCGCAUGCACACAUACAACCUGACUAAAGACAGGCGUCGCUUCCCCCUCUUCCCGUUUUAACUUUUACUAUAAGCCUUUGUUUCCAGAGAGAGAGAGAGAGAGAGAGAGAGAGAGAGAGAACUCUGCUGGCGAAAGCAGUUUUUGCACUAGACAUUUUGCUGUUCCCAAUGAAAUCCUGUCUAGGAUUGUACAUAAGCACUUUAAUAUCUUAUUUAUGCCUUGCUGAGCUUCCGGUUUGUUGCUCCAGCUUCUAACUUGUGGAGGGGGGGGCGGGGGCUGGAGGAUUUGAGACAGAUUUGUUAGCUCAAUGGACCAAAUAAAAAAUUCUGAGAGGAGUUUUUUUCUUAGCGCAGGGUUUUGAAGGCGCCUUGGCAUAGAAUGUAAAUAUGUUAAACCCAGUUUUCUUUGCUUGCUUUCUGGGACUCUGGAUCUCAGUGAGAAGCAAAAUUCUGCCUCUGCAUUCUCCCUGCAGAAGGAAGGUCGACUUUCUGUGAUUUCUAGUGAGUGUGUGUUAACUUGUUUUCAUGCCCGUUUUCCGGCUUUCUAACUGCCCCGUACAAUGGCACUCCGUUUAAACUCUCCCUGUUUCAAAUGGUAUUUCUUAAGCGUGAUAAAUACAUUUUUCCUAAAGUUGAUAUGUUUCCUCAGUUCCAUGAUAGCCCACACUGUCCACCUCCUCCAGCUGUGAGGGACAGAAUAAGGUCACGUUUGUGCCCGAGCUAUGCUGAGUAGCAGAGUUCUCCUCUGAAGGAGGUGCCCCUUGGGCUCUAAUUUAAGCACUCAGUGAGAACCAGGCCUUCGCCAUCGGCAGGGAUGUCUUGCUUAGCUGUUAACCUUCUACAUACGUCUUCAGAUAACUCUGUGGAUGUUCAGGCUUGGUGAUUAUUUAAAAAGAAUUAGAAAAAUGUUGGCAAAACGCUAACCAAAACACCAUUAUGCUCAGCUCUAAUUCUAGUAAGCCGCCCUAGUCUCUGUCGCCUUGUGCCUUCCCACCUCCAGAAUCCUCCUAAAAGCAGCCUGGUCCCAACUUUUUCAUGCCCUUUGCUUACUAAUAACUCUCUCCACUAACACUUGUAGUUACCAGAAACCACAUUUUGGGUCAGAGCAGAUUAACUGACUGUGAAAUUACCUACUCCUGAUUGAAAAUGUGCCCAGAGGCUGACUGAAACCACUCCGUCACCAGGGAGUCCCUGGAUUGUGAAAGACAUGACGUUCACAGGUGACUACAAGUCCUUGAGGCUUAUCUGUCACACGAGCUUUCUGUCUUCUAAGGACAAGCUGAUGAGAGCACUGUAGGUGUCAGGCUUUGCUCUUUGUUGUCAGUGUUCCCUAAGAUGGAGCCGUGGCCCCAGCUCCGUAGCAGGACACAGGCAUUAAGACAUCCACUCUGGGACACGGCAACAACCCCCGCUAGCCUUUAACAGCUGAGCCAUCUCUCCGUCUCUGGCCCAUGCUUUCUAUUAGUCUGUGCAGCAAAGCAAAGCUCAGAUGUAUUCUGAAGAGCAGAUUUUUCUGGACCAGUGGUUCUCAACUCAUAGGUCGUGGCCCCUUUGGCAAACUUCUAUCUCCAAAAAUAUUUACAUUAUGAUUCAUAAGAGUAGCGAAUUUACAGUUAUGAAGUAACAACAAAAAUAAUGUUGGGGGAGGAGGAGUCACCACAACAUGAGGAACUAUAUUAAAGGGUCGCAGCAUUAGGAAGGUUGAGAGCCUCUGCUCGAGAAUGUUAAAAACAGACGGCAAAGACCUCUUUGGGCCAGAUGAGACCAUGGCAUUGCCUGCUUGAACGUUGCUGAUGGUGUAGUGACCAUUCCUGCUUUCUUCCUCACUCCAAAUGUCACCUACUGGCCACCUGGUUUGGAUCCCUCGGAGACCCUUCCAAGCCUGUAAAUGAAGGGUUCAAAGCAACCUUCCUGGUCAUUCUGUUCGUACUGCUCUCCCAGGCCCUCAGCAGCAGCUCCUGAUCUUGCCAGGAAAAAGACCCACUGCACCCUCAGACCAGUCACCACUUCCCACAGGAGCUCAGGUUCAGCCUGCCUAGUGCAAAGGCGGGAAGUUUUAUUUCAUUUGAUUGUUGCUAAGUGGUGUCACAUACUGUGGCCCAAGUUUAUUUAACUGGAAUACCAAGUAGCUUCAAAGUCCAGGGAGUUAUUUUAGGGCACAGCUGACAGUUUUCCACUCCACCAUUAUGUAGUAUUUCGUAGGACAUCUAAUGGGACUUUCUCCACUUUCCUAGUUCUAUCCAUCACAAUUAAGAUUUUCAUAGGCGACCACCUAUCAGGAAGAUCAAAAUUAGUGCCUAAGAGGGAAAGAGUUGCAAUGUCCAAUGCUAUCAUAAUGGUAGUAAGUAAAAACCAAUAAUUAAAAGGUAAGACAUUGUAUAAAAAUAGAGCCAUAGCAGACGUUAAGGAGUGAGGCUUUCGUGUCUUCCUCAUGGUGUCUGUAUCUUUUCAUCAUCUGCUUUCAAAAUGCAGAACUGUUGCAGGAUUUUCACGGCAAGAAAUUGCCUUUUCUCUUUUUGUUCAAAGGACUAGGGAAUUCUUUUGAGACACUGGGGAGGACCCUAAGGACAAGACUUAUUCACAGGAUGGCGAGGACCCUAAGGACGAGACUCCUUCAUACAAUGGCCUCUCAGUAGCUUCCAGGGACCUGUUUUUGCCAGUAAAUUGGAUGAAAAUGCAGAGAAACCCAUUUGAAACCACUGCUGAGUUUCAAAAUGUUACAGGUUUUGGUAGAACAUCUGCAUGCAAAGAAGAGGUAUAAUAAAGAGGGGCCAGGGGUGUAGAUCAGUGAGCACAGUGCACCCCGGACCCACGUAAGCCGACAGCUGCAAUCCCAGCACUUGGGAAAUGGAACCAGGGCGAUCAGGAGAUUACGGUCAUCGUGGGCUCCAGGAGACCCUGUACAGAUGCGGAGCAAAGGACCUCCUAGCCAAGUCAGCCUCACUGAGUCUGCGUUCUCUGUAUUUCGUCCUGACACCCCUCCCCACAACCCACCAGAAACUUUAAUAACUAACAAUGAAGUGCACUUCCUCAGCCAGUCGGAUGUCUGCCAGAACAGGCAGGCACGUCCAGAAUACACUCACUCCCAGACUCACAUGCCGUUUUUAUUUAUACUGAGAGAUCAUGCCGACUUUUAGAACAAUAUCUAAAUUCUUUUAUCGAUAAAUCGUUCUGGAAUAUUCUUGCCAUAUGGGCAAGGCUUGACUGUAAUUGUAGCUCAUCUCAUAGUUCCCAAACCUCUUAGCAUAAAAUUUAUCUGUGCACUCCUGGGGGACCAAAGGAAAGAGGGUGGUCACUGUGCGUCCUCAUUUGUCUCUCAAAUGCUUCCACAAGGUUGAAUUGCACCUACCUAAAUGUCAUGACGUUGAUUUCUUUCCUAUCCUAACAAGCUUCUAGAAGCAGUCAAGUAUUUGGAAGAUUUAGUUCAUGUGCCAUCUUUCUGAGACCUCUUGUUUUGAAAAUGGAGACAGGCAACACCCAUGACUUCAACCUUGUAACAUAGCUUCCAACGGGUUCCCGUGCAAAUGAUCCUGCACAACGCCCUUCUCACCUCACUAUUUAUAGGACUGGCUGAAUUAAGCUGUUUUGAACUAAGAAGUAGAUACAUAUAUUUUUAAAGAGUGUUCAUGACAAACUCUGGCAUAACGUUUGUAAAAAGGUGAUUUUAAAAAAAGCAAAACAUAUAACCUCAGGUACAAAACUACUGCAUGCAUCAGUGCUUACAAUCUGCCUAUGACUAUUAACCAAAGCAUGCAAGAUCCUGAAUGUAAACCGGCCCACUCUCCCCAUGCAUGACUGGUGUCAUAGGCUGGCUUGCCUUCCCACUCCCCUCAACAUGCAGGCACUUCCUAAUGUCCCAGCAUUUUGUAUUGGCUUUUCCCAUCUCAUCCUGUAGAUGCCUGACAUCACAUUGGCACUGGUUCAAACCCUGUGACUGCCAGUCCCAGGCCAGUCAUCUGAGGGACCCAGGUACGGACCUGUGUCCUUUCAAACCCCUGUGAAGCUUGACAGAGCUAAAACUGUGACCAGGCCGUGCAAUUGUCUUUGCACGAGAAGCCUUGAGUUCUGAAUUCUUAAUAAUGUGUUUCAAGUUUAGGGGGAAAAAAUAGGAAAAAAAAUAGGGAUUCUAAAUUAUGCAAGAAGGUUAAGAGUGAUGUCAAACACAUGGAGAUUGCCCUGAGACAAAGUGGGCGUAGGGCCUUAGUUUCCCAGGGAGCUAGUACAUCACAGAGCAGCACGUGAGUUAUUGUUCUAUUUGCAAGGUCAAGGUCUCUCUCCCUUCGGAAACUAGAUUUGAUCAACCUGACCAAAAGCAUUCAAAUUCAGGAAUAGGAGAUGACUUUAUGGUCAAUGUCUUCUCUCUGUUGUUUACUUAAACGUCAGUCUUAUGAAAAAAAGGCUAGCAAAGGAGAGGAUGAAGCUCAGGUUAGUGGGGCUGGCGGUGGUGAUGUAGCCCCGCUGGUAUAGGGCUUGCCUCCCAUGCUCCUCCAAAGUAUUCCACUGCUCAUGGUGGCACAUUUCUGUAAUCCCAGCAAGUGAGAGGUGGGGACAGUAAGGUCAGGAAUUCAAGGUCAUUCUUGGCCAUAUGAAGUUCAAGACCAUCCUGUGCUGGAAAAUUUAAAAAGACCGUUCUCUAGGUCAUAUGUAAAGAACAACUUUUUGACCCUUUCAUAAUCCCCUGUGCCUUUCCGCACAUAAACCCAGAGUCUAAACUACUCUUCCCCCACGCAGAGAAAGACCAAGGUGUGGAGACAACACACAGUUAAGAGGAAAGCGACAGGAAAUCCAAGUGUGAGGCUUAAUAGUUUCUCAUGCUGCACACAGCUGCUACAAAUGCUCUGGAAACUUAGUGCCCCAGCCUAAGAACCUCCUGAGCUAGGAAGAGGGUAGCUGAGUAUCCCUUAGCAAGACAGAGGGACAGUCCUAAAAAACCUGCACCGAAAAUGAUCAAAGGUGCAAAACAAGGGAGCCCUUGAUGGCUAAACCAUACCGUGUGCAUCACUGAGGUUGUUUCUGCUUUCCCCGUGAAUUGAUGGGAGCGGGAAAUGACAUGCACACAGUGGUUCACGUGGAUAUCUGCCCUCUCCACUGAGACACACGACUCUCUCACAAGGCUUCGGAAAGGAUUGUGCCAUGUGAUCAGUGAGUUCAGGACCUGCCAUGUUACCAUCAGUGAAGACACAAGCCUAAAGUAUCAGUCUUUCUUUUCCCCGCCCAUCAUCUGACCCAAGCCCUUCUCCAUUUUCAUUACCCAAAUUUGUUUACAUCAGUUGAACAGAACAACUGAUCAAUUCAGUAAACUUUUUACAACCUAUAUGAAGCAUUUAUUAACUAUUUAGAAACAUUUCUAUCUAUUUUGUAUAUCUAUGAAUACUGCGUAUCUAGCCUGACCUAAAAAUGUGUUUUAAGAGAAGUGCCAGGAUGCUUUCCUUAUUGUGCUCAGUACCUUGAAAUCUGGGGGUUUCAUUUUCAAGCUGACAUAGGUAACAGAGAAAAACUUAACUUUAAAUGUUUACACUGAAUUUCUAAAUUAAUAUCAACCCCAAGUUAAGUGAUCUAUAGUCAACUGACAGCAAUGGGGGAUUGAAUAUUAUUGGCAUACUAUAACAUUUCUGUGGCCUAGUGAAUAACUCGCGGCCUAUUCGGCCAUGUAGUAAGCCUCUGUCAUAGUCUUUCUCUGCAUUGCCUUUUGAAAUAAAACUACGAUAAAAAAUAAUCACUUAUCCUACUGAUGUGCUAAUUCACUCAGAUGACUUAUAAUUUGCAAAUACCAAGCUUGAGGUAGUAUGUUUAUACUUUAUUGAAGGCAUGCCUUCCUUUUUCAUAUUGUUAACCUGUAUUUACAUUGGCGUGGUUUUAAACUAUGUUUCCAAAUAAACUUUGUCUGUGGCUUCA